CCAAUCAGGGGUUUGGUCCUAAACCUGUGGAUCAAAUCAUGAGCGUUGGAUGCCUAUUGACUAGUCAUAGAUAGGCCUCUCCUGUGGCAGACAGAGACCAUUGGGUAUGUGGGUAUGCCAUUCCUGACAUGAGUAUAGGUGGGUCAAUGGCCUAACAAUCCAUAAGCUCCAACUGUGAUUGUGGGUGGUGAGGGUAUCAUUGUUUUCUUUCCUUCGCUGAUAUCUCACCAUUUUUGGGUUUCACCCACCUAAGAAUUGGAUCCACUCCUUUAGCGGAGGAAUUCUGGAGGUUCAGAGGGGUUAUGAUAUUGUCGAAGGAAAAAAAUCUCUCAGAAUGCCGAAGUCAGGGCCCAAGUUUUCACGCCUGGACUCUUCUUCCACCGGUUUGGAGAUGGUCAGUUCAAAUCCUGGAGAUCGAAGCCUGUCGGAGAAGCAUGACCUAGUUUAUGAGAUUGCAAAAUGGCCUGAAGGUGCCUCAGAAAUACUUCAGUCCUGGACUCGAAGAGAGAUUCUGCAAGUAUUGUGUGCAGAGAUGGGUAAGGAGAGGAAGUAUACUGGUUUGUCAAAAUGCAAGAUUAUAGAGCAGCUUCUGAGACUUGUCUCAUCGAAGGAAGCCAUGAAAGAGGAAGCAAAGGUAGUUACUCCAUUACAAUCAUCAGUAGCAAACACAAAGACAUUCCGGAGGCAGCGGAAAAGGGAACAUCCAUUGCGUCUAACUACAGCUACAAAUCUGUCUGCAAGCCCCGAUGAGAAGAGCCUUGAUAAUUCCUUGGUCUGCAAAAAUUUAGCUUGUAGAGCUAUUUUAAGCUCAGAAGAUAUAUUUUGUAAGCGAUGCUCAUGUUGCAUUUGUCACCAGUUUGAUGACAACAAGGACCCUAGUCUUUGGUUAGUCUGUACCUCAGAGCCUCCAUUUGAAGGGGAUUCUUGUGGCAUGUCAUGCCAUGUUGAAUGUGCACUCAAACAUGAAAGGUCAACAAUUUCUAAGGAUGGACAGUUUGCACAGCUGGAUGGAAGUUAUUGCUGCAUGUCUUGUGGGAAAGUCAAUGGGCUGCUUGGAUGCUGGAGAAAACAGUUGGUAGUUGCAAAGGAUGCUCGGAGAGUCGAUAUUCUUUGCUUCCGAAUUUCGUUAAGUCACAGGCUUCUGAAUGGUACAGUGCAGUACAAAGAGCUGCAUGAGAUUGUGGAAAUGGCAGCGAAGAAACUUGAAGAGGAGGUAGGACCAGUGACUGGAGUAAAUGCCAAGAUGGCCCGUGGAAUUGUUAGUAGGCUUUCUUCAGGAUCAGAGGUACAGAAACUAUGUGCCAUGGCCAUAGAAGAAGCAGAUGCCAUGCUCUCAUGGGUCUCCCAAGCAAACAAUAAUGUUCAUAUCAGAGGGGAUUUGGUUCCUAUCGCUACAAGGAUUGAAUUUGAUGAUAUCUCAUCCACAUCUGUUGUAAUUGUCUUAAAUGAGCUUGAUUGUAAGUCAUCAGAAGAUGUUAUUGGUUACAAGUUGUGGUACCGCAAGAUUGAAGAAAGAAGCUAUUGUGAGGAACCUACACAUGUUAUAUUGAGGACUGAGAGAAGAUCUCGAAUCUCAAAUCUCCAGCCUUCAACUGAGUAUAUAUUUAAGAUUGUUUCAUUUACAAAGAAAGGGUUGUUAGGCUACACUGAGAAUAGGUGCUCCACCAAAAGUGAGGACAAGAAUCAUAGAAAUGUUGAAUCACGAACUAGGGAACUUUGGACAUCUGGUAAGCUAGGCUCAGAAAAUUUAAGUUCAAUCAGUACAGAAGAGGAGAUCCUACUCAAUGAGGGUGCCUCAAAUUUGAAGGUUCGAGACCUUGGCAAAGUUCUGCUUGCUGCUUCUACCCCAAAACGGAAGUCUAAUGGCACAUUGGAAUGCCUUGAAAAGGAUUUAUCAAGCAAACAUUGCUUCCCAUAUUGUGAAAAACCUCAAGCAUGUUCAAAUAAGACAUUUCACUCCAGUAAUCUAGAUGUGAAUGAAUCAUUGACACCACAGUUUAAGACUUCCAAGGAUGAAAACACUGGUUGUAAUUUAACUGAAAGUGGAGACCCUGAAGAUGCACAUGGAGACUCGGUUUCUGCUCUGGAUGAGGAGCGUGCAAUGGUUGAAACAGGUUUGAUGCAGACUUCACGUGUUCAAGCAGAUUCACAGAGGGAUUCAACAAAUUCAAGUGAUAACAACCAGGUGACAGAACUUCCUAAAAGUGAUCAUGAAAACCAUUCUAAGGUUACACUGUUAGAGGAGACUAGCAAUGAUAAUGAGUUCAGCAUGCCCCCUCGAAAUGAGAUGGAUGUAGUUCCUUUUGAUUGUUCACAUCCGGUACUUCCUAUCAGCAUAUGCAAAGGGGAUGACACUGGAACUGGAAUCUUAAGAAAUGGCCAUACAAAACCUAAUGGUAGUUCUGAGAAUUGGGCUGUAAAACCAAUCAAGGAAGUGGCUGCCAUGGAGCCACAAAUUGGUGGUUCAAGAAAGAGAUCAAACAGAUACGGUGACUUACACAAUUGUGACAGGACUCUACCUAAUGGUAUUCGUAGGUCCUCUCUGGAUUCACCUGGUUCCUUGGAGAAAAAUUAUGAGUAUUGUGUUAAGAUGAUUCGUUGGCUGGAAUGUAAAGGUCACAUACAGAAGGAAUUCCGUAUAAAGUUUCUUACAUGGUUCAGCUUACGAGCAACAUCUCAGGAGCGAAGAAUAGUCAGUGUUUUUGUUGACACCAUGUCUGAUGAUCCGGCAAGCUUGGCUGGACAAUUGGUUGAUACUUUCUCCGAAGGUGUUUACAGCAAGAGGGCAAAAGUUCUACGCAAUGGAUUUUGCAGCAAGCUGUGGCAUUGAAUAUGACUGGAAAAUUCUUCAUGUCUCUUAUUUUUUUAACAUUUUUUCAAUCAUUGGAGUAUUCCCAUUAUAACUGCUAGAUUUUAACAAAGCAUCAGGUCAUUUUCAUUGUAUAGUAAAUUCUAUCAUGUAAUCAUUACAGAUGAUUAGUCUAUUUUGACAUUCUAAUCACCACCAUCAUUGGUGAUGUGUUCAUCCAAGACGCUUUCUAGACGUGAUGCUUAUUUUUUUCCAUGUAUACUGACAUGGCAAUAGCUGAUAGAGCUAUUUAAUUACUUGAAUUUAUAAUUUUAAAUUAGGAAUCUUGUGGAGCUAGAAUGCUUAUUGUACAUUUCUUUUCACUGUUUA